UUUUUCAGAGGUAAGUAGCCAGUUAGUUAGCUAGGAAAACUGACAACUGUAACGUUAGCUACUAAAACAUGACAACAUGGCACAGAUUUCGUUAUGGAAAGUCUCUAAUGAAAGAUCUCAUCACCUGCAUAUCUAACAAAUGCCAAUGAGAUUACGUCUAGUUAGCUAUCAGGUAACACUCAUCAUGAGAAUAAACGAAGAUACCUUACUGGAGGGGAAAAGCGUCGUACUGGUGCCUUACAACGCAGAUCAUGUACCCAGGUACCACCAGUGGAUGGGCUGUCCUGAGCUGCAGCAGCUGACUGCAUCUGAGCCGCUGACUUUGGAGCAGGAGUAUGACAUGCAGAGGAGCUGGAGGGAGGAUGAUGACAAGUGCACCUUCAUCAUCCUGGAUAAACAACGGUGGGCGGACCCUGCCGUACAGGAAGAGCAGUGCAUGGUGGGAGAUGUCAACAUCUUCCUGACGGACCCCAGUGACUCCUCCCUCGCUGAGCUGGAGAUCAUGAUCGCAGAGCCCAGUUACAGAGGAAAAGGCCUGGGAAAAGAGGUCACACGGAUGAUGAUCUGCUACGGGGUGACCAAACUUGGGAUCCGGAAGUUUGAGGCGAAGAUCGGUCUGGACAACAAAGUCAGCAUUGCCAUGUUCAAAAGGUUCCACUUCCACGAGCUGUCAGUGAGCGAGGUGUUCCGGGAGGUCACCCUGGGCAUGACGGUGGACCAGGCGGUGCGGACCCGGCUGCUGGGGGACAUGGCUUUCAUGCAGGAGAGAGAGUACAGGAAGGACCGGGACAGCCGGCAGGAAGUGACGUCGUCACACGCCACCCUGUGAACCACUGCUGCUACAGAUUCGCUACCCUCCUCCUUCCCGACGUGUGCGUUCAUUCACUCCCCCCCCAUUUAGAAAGCAUUGGAUGGGUGUAAUCAUGGGUUAGACUAGAGGGACUUUAACACAUUUUCUACCUCUGUCCAUUCCUUUUAAAUCCAUAGGGGGAAGGGGCAGUGUACAGGUGCACACUUCGAGGAGAAGAAACAGAAUUUGGCUUUGGUAGAAGAUGCACUUAGGCACAGAUCUAGGAUCAGCACCCCCUCACCCAAUCUUAACCAUUAGGGAGGGAAUGUAAGACUGACUCUAGAUCAGCGCUUAGGGGCAACUUCCUCCUGUCAGACAAAGGCAUUCUGGGUACAGUCGAAUACCUGGAAUGGAGAGUUUAAUUGGGCGAAGGACCCCAUGGCCUGUGGCUGCUAUAGGCUACCGUUGAACGGAACUCUGUGUUGUUUAUACAUGGCCGGGGAAAACUCCAGGCCUCAAAUCUAAUAACCAUAAUAAUAGUUAAUGGCUACUCAGUGGGUCUACAAAGGAUUCCCUGAACUCUAUUCACGCUUGCUAUCUAGACUCCACACAGCACAGUAGAUUUUCUGAUGGUGAUACGCCCUGUCAGAAACACUGUUCAUAGAAGUACAGUUUUCACCCAUAUAAUGGGACAAAGUUAUUUGUAUUGUGCUUGGAUGAUAAUGUAUUGUAGAGCUUGUAGUCAGUAGUCGUCUACCUAUUCCAAUCGUGUCAAGUGUCUUACGUCUUUUAUUUUUACAGAAACUUAUAUUUGCCAUCCAAGGUUGUUUGUCAGUGUUUUGUAACUCUACAAAUGUACUAUGUAGAUAUUAAAAUUGCCAAAGUGGUAA